ACAGCUGCUGUUCAGCCGGCGGAAGCAUCAGCUGUGUCAGUACUAGGUAACAAGACGAUUAUCGCCACGCCCUAGAUACCUUGUCCCACACUCCCGGAUUCACCACUCAUUGUGCGUUUUGUUUGUUCCCUUGGCUGUCGCGCCGCCUUCUCAACAGUCAACUGAGUUUGCGCCACGACAACCGACAAGCCGCCGACUCAGUCACCGAUUCAGUCAUCGCUCAUUGUGUGCGAGUCGGCCGUCCAGUCAAGCGCGCCCGUCGCUCGUGAAAGAAUCCGCGCACCGGACGGCGUCCGCACCCUAGGAUUUCGAGAAUCUCGACGCUCCGCUACGGUUGUAGCUAGGCGACACGUCGGUGGGUGAAGAGGGCAGGUAUCAAGGCAACAUUGAGCUCAUGGAUGCCACUUGCAGUGCUGUGGUGGCCGAGUGUGCGUCCGGCUUCAAGGCGGGGUCCGCAGUUGAGACUGAGGUAUUGGCGAUGCUGGAUGCGACGCUUGCUGAGGUGGAGAGCGCGACGUAUAAUGAUGAGGACAACGUGAGUUGUCGGAAAUUGAGUCUGUCGAGUAGCGGCCUCAGCUCGUUGGGACGCGUAUCGCAAGAGUCUCUGGAUUCAAUUCCGACCGUGUUCAUCACUCAAGCGCGGGAUCCGUUUGUGACCGAUACUGCGUAUGCGAGCGACGAUCUCCCCGAUGUUUCGCCCGACAACAACAACGUCGUUGUUCCGGGGUUGAGAUCAUUGAUGGAGAGUCCAACGCUUUCGAAGAAGAUUCUGUGUGGAUUGAAUGGAUCAGAAGGAAAGGUGGACGAAGAGCCAGUUGAAGACGCUGGAACCGUUGAAGGGUAUCAGGAUGAUUCGAGGAAGGCAGGUUUAGCAUUGCUUGGAGGAGGAACUAUCGUUAUGAGUGUCAAUAACGAUCACGUGGAGACGUACACCAGAUCCUUGUCCGAUGAACGAUCAGGCACUGACAGCAAGUCGAGCAGCAUCAGGUCACUAGCAUCAAUCUUUGAGGACCCGACGUCUCCCUUUUCGCCGGUGACGCCAAACGGUUCCAGUCACGAAAACUUUAUGUGGGACGAGUUGGGACGGAUGCAGUCGACGGGCAUCGUAAAACGAUUGUCAUCGAAGCAGAAACUCGCCCGAACCGGAUCAGAAAUGGAGUUCGUACUGAGGAACACGGAAAUGAAAACGGUAACACUGACGAAGCCCAAGAGGGGCGGUUACGGGUUCUCUUUUAAAGGCGAUGGUCCCGUUUGGAUCGGAGAAGUCGAUAAAGGGAGCGUCGCAGAAAUGGCGGGAAUGAGAGAAGGCGGUAUCGUCAUCGAAGUCGAUGGAAAGAACGUCGAAGAAGCAAAUCACGAAACUGUUCUUCGCUACGUGAUGCACGCUCCGCAGCCGCUCAUGAUAAUGUUUCAGUUGAUGCGCGAUCGAACGUCGAGUUUGAGUGCAGCGAUCAUGAGCGGGUAUCUCACUAAACAGGGUGGUACGGGAAUCACGCUGAAGAACUGGCGAAAACGUUGGUUUGUAUUGAGAGAAGACGGCUGCUUGUAUUACUACAAGAACGAGAAAGAUCUACGACUGUUGGGUGCUAUCGUAUUGCAAGGAUACACUGUCUCCAAGGCUCUGGAUAUUGACAAGAAGGCGGCGUUUAAGCUGAUCAAGGGCGGUGCGAGAACGUACUACAUGUGUGCAGACACAGAGGCAGAGAUGAACGGUUGGGCGAGAGCUCUUACAGAAGCUUCUGAUAACUACACUGAGGGUUUGCAAAACUCUAUGGCAUCCAGUGCACACAAUGUGUCCAUACCUGCGUUGUCAAUACGAGAUGCUGCAUGUCAUGGCUGGUUGUACAAACAAGGAGGCAAUCACAAGAGCUGGAAGCAUCGUUAUUGUGUGUUAAAGGAUGGAUGUCUGUACUAUUAUAAGGAGAUGACUGAUCAGACUGCGUUGGGUGUGAUGAGACUGGACGGGUAUAAAGUCGUAAAGCAGCCGCAGUCGGGGAAGAAACGGUUUUUUUCUGCUGUGCCACCUGCUAGCAAGAUGAGAACAUUUCAGUUCUAUGUGACAUCAGAACUGGAAUUUAACAGGUGGUUGAGCAAGAUGGCAGAGUCUAUUGCAAUUGCAGCUACAGAAUGAGCACUAAUGAGCACUAAUGAUGGGUUUAUAACGACUUUGGUAAUAAUUAUCAACAUUUACAGUUUUAUAGCUCGUAGUAUAUCGCAUUUCAUGCUGCCGACCUUCUAGUCUGCUGUAAGACUGACUUCGUACUGUUUGGAAAUGUUAGUCUUAAUUAAUGACUUCCUGGAGAUAUACAAU